UGGUUAAAUCUCCUGAACUCCAAACUGAAUGUCAGAAUGGGAAAGAAAGGUGAUUUAAGCAAUUUUGAGUGUGGCAUGGUUGUUGGUGCCAGACGGGACCGUCUGACUAUUUCACAAUCUGCUCAGUCACUGGGAUUUUCACGCACAACCAUUUCUAGGGUUCACAAAGAAUGGUGUGAAAAGGGAAAAACAUCCAGUAUGCGGCAGUCCUGUGGGCGAAAAUGCCUUGUUGAUGCUAGAGGUCAGAGGAGAAUGGGCCGACUGAUUCAAGCUGAUAGAAGAGCAACUUUGACUGAAAUAACCACUCGUUACAACCGAGGUAUGCAGCAAAGCAUUUGUGAAGCCACAACACGCACAACCUUGAGACGGAUGGGCUACAACAGCAGAAGACCCCACUGGGUACCACUCAUCUCUACUAUAAAUAGGAAAAAGAGGCUACAAUUUGCACAAGCUCACCAAAAUUGGACAGUUGAAGACUGGAAAAAUGUUGCCUGGUCUGAUGAGUCUCGAUUUCUGUUGAGACAUUCAGAUGGUAGAGUCAGAAUUUGACAUAAACAGAAUGAGAACAUGGAUCCAUCAUGCCUUGUUACCACUGUGCAGGCUGGUUAUGGUGGUGUAAUGGUGAGGGGGAUGUUUUCUUGGCACACUUUAGGCCCCUUAGUGCCAAUUGGGCAUCGUUUAAAUGCCACGGCCUACCUGAGCAUUGUUUCCGACCAUGUCCAUCCCUUUAUGACCACCAUGUAUUCAUCCUCUGAUGGCUACUUCCAGCAGGAUAAUGCACCAUGUCACAAAGCACGAAUCAUUUCAAAUUGGUUUCUUAAACAUGAAAAUGAGUUCACUUUACUAAAAUGCCCUCCACAGUCACCAGAUCUCAACCCAAUAGAGCAUCUUUGGGAUGUGGUAGAACGGUAGCUUCGUGCCCUGGAUGUGCAUCCCACAAAUUUUCAUCAACUGCAAGAUGCUAUCCUAUCAACAUGGGCCAACAUUUCUAAAGAAUGAGUUGUGUUUUUUCAUCUUUGACCCAACCAUGGGUUGAAACAACCCAGCACUUUAUUAAAGUAAAGCUACAAAAAUGUGAAUUUUCUAUGCUUAGGUCUUCAAAGGUCUUUUAUGAUGCUUAACUUCCCAUCUCCGAGCAGCAUUGAUGAACAUGGUUUAAAGAAAAAGAGCGGAUUUUGGAGGGAUAAACACAUUUCCUUUGUCUCUGGAAUGCACAGAGGAAUGUGUGUCCAUCAUCUGCAGCCACUUCCUGCACCAUAUCACAUUCUUUCAUCCAUCUGCAGAAGACGGGAUUUGGCAGCACUGAAAAAAACAACACUGCCAAAUGUCUGCUGAAGCUCACUUCUUGCUCAUAAAUAGCACAGGAUGAUAUGUAGAGCAUAUGAGCCAAAAUAUUAAAGCUGGAUGCAAAUGAGCUGCUAUUUAUGCAUGCGAAAAAAUUCGGUAUACAUUUAAAGAGCAUUUUGAGGGUUCUAAACUUUAAAAGGGAUUUUUGACCAUUUUGCCUUUUGCAAUUGCAAAAAAAUAUUCUCAGUACUUAAAAUCACACCAUCUAUAAGUGUGGGAUGAUGUAUGCAAUCUCUUUCCGAUAUGGAUAAUUAUUCCUGAAAUAUUUCCAAGUUAAUCAUAAUAUUUUCCUAUCAGAGGAGAUAGCAGCAAUGAGAGAGAUUCAGCAAACACCUCAUCACACAAAGGAUUAAAUCACAGUAUUCAAAGUAUGUGGGGGAUCAUGCUGUAAUGCAUUUGCAUCUAAAUGCAUUUGCAUGAACCACAAUAGGAACCUCUACAUACACAAGUUUAAGCUAUGUGGUCAAUGGGCACUGUGUGGGCACCGUGUUGCAAACUCAGCCCCAUACCUGUCAUGCUUGACAUAGAUUACAGCAAGCCAUUACAGGAAUCUAUUGUGUAUCACGAAAGUUCAGACUUCUUUGGAAGUGUGGGAUACAAUUUGGGUGACAUUUGGCUCAUCCCAUUUACGAUCACAUAUCUGAUGGAAUGCAGCUUAACGAAUAAUACGAGAUAAAGAAGUUUUUUAUUAUAUUUUCUUUAUGCGCUUUAUUAUAUUGCGCUUCUUAUCAGUGACUCAUUACUGCGGUCACAAUCAAAUUCUAACCUGAGGUCACAGGAAGUUCCCGCACGUUUGCAUCCUUUCCACCUGUCCACCCACACCUGGACAUCACGGACCAGCGGUACUCUCCUGAACAUUCCACGGGGACAUCAUUCUUUCCAUUGGACACUUGCUUGUCCUGCAAAGUAGCUGUAAUGGGAUUUAUGCAAAUCCUUAGAUAUCCCUGAUCUUUUCUUUGCCAUAUUUUCACCCCUACUGCUUACCCCCACAUCCACCAGUCCUUGUUUAUCCACAUUGUUUAACUCAAUGUCUCUUAAGAAGGAAGAAGGAAACUUUUAUUUAUUACUCUUAAUCAUUACUUUUUUGAGUCUUUCCCUCAUAACAAUGCCUUGACCUCUGCUUGCCGAGAGGACAGUAGAGAUUCUUUUGUAGUGCUGCAGGGUGCGAAGGCGAGAGUUGUGUAACUGUUACCCAUGAGAGCCACCCUAGCAGGGGGGUGGUGCAUAUCUCUAGAGCUAUAAGUAAGGCCAAACAGGAGGGUUCAACAUUAGACAAGCACCUGCAGCCGAGUAAGGUCUUGCUUUAGGCGAACAUCUACAUAUUGAAUCUUGACUAAUAUACACAAUGGAAUCAAGAACUACACUGAUCUUCGUUUUUACCUUGUUUGCAACUCUUCAUGAAGGUUGGGGGUUGCCUUUAGUGCGUGACCCACGCGACCCGUCCGCAACCCAUAGGGUCAGGACCAAACGCUGCUCUUGCAACAACCAGCUGGACUCAGAAUGCCAUUAUUUCUGCCAUCUGGAUAUUAUCUGGGUGAACACGCCAAGUAAGACCACAGUGUACGGAUUGGGCAGUCCUUUAGCUCGUCGGCGAAGGUCUACGGGCCGUUGCUUCUGUGCCAGCCCUACAGAUCCCACCUGCAACUCCUUCUGCCACUACAGUUUUGAGAAUCCUGCCAUCAUGCUGGUGAAUCCAUCUGAACCUGUGCGUGAAAAGCAGAAACAACCCAAAAAUGAUUCAAAGCCAGAAGUUCUGGUUUUAGGAAAAUCUGCCUCACCUGGGGCUCGGUCAGACGUUGCGACUUUCCUCAGGAACCUGGUUAAAGCUAGAGCCAGGGCCAUGGAGAAGACCACCCAGACUAGGCAGCAGGCAUCCAAGGUCAGCAAAACUGGGUACAGAUGAAAUACAAAAUUCACUGAGGCAGAAGAGAUGGGAGAGCGAGCACUUGAACAAGAAACGAACAAAUGCACGUUGCCAUCUGGAAGCGGUGCAAUGGCAGUAUGAGCCCCGAAACCGGUAGUCCUACGGAAACAGAGACUUUGAGUAUAAGACAGGAGGUGCUUGUGGAGUGCUAGGAUUUGAAGUUGACGGCAAGUCGGCCUGUUUCUGUCUACUAGGACAACACGAAAGAGGGUCAGGUGCGAGUACCGGUCCUAAAGUUCAAACAAGACAAGUGGGUUAUGUGGUUUUCUAGAGGUAUCGGAAAGCAUCAUAGCGAUUCCACAAUGUCAAAUGUUUGAAGAGCUGGAGAUAAAUGGAUGAUGCAAGAUAGCAUGUUGGCUCGAUCUAAAGGAAUUGAUGGUUGUUACUGGCAACCGUGUAAUCAGUUCAUCUGUUUAUUGUUUAAUCGCAGCCAGAGAUUAUAAAAAAGAGACGGGAGAUAAUAAAAGAUAGGCAAAACUAGUUGUAUAAUAACUUGGGGCAGACAAUUAUGACCUAUAUAUGAGUAAAUUACAUAUAAAAGUGCUAUUAUACUUAGGAAAACAAUAUAGUUUGCAUUAGUGUCACGCCAAUGUCACACCAAAAGGGCUGGAAUUUUCAACGCCCUAUACCUGGAUUUUUGUACAUUCAUAGGAAUGUUGUUGUAAGGCCUGUGAAAUGUAAAUGGACAUGUAAAUUAUGAAUCACUUCACAGUCAAAAGGUUGUUUUUUACUUUAUGAGUAAAAAUACAGUACUGUGCAAAGGCCACCACCACCAGACUUGUUGUUUAAGAAGUUUUAACGUCCAUCCAUAUUUAUUUUUCAAUCUAUUUUAUUAAGAUACAAACAGAAAAUACAGGAAAUAUGUACAAAAUUUUAAAAAAUUACAUUUUUAGGACUAAAUGUCUUCUUUAGACAUCGUCGGUGUUUAGUGUGACCUUUCUUGGCACUAAACACAUCUUGAGCGUUUUUGAGCAGAAUGAAGUAAAAAGACAAAUUUCUUUAAAAUUAGAAAUUAGGAUUUAAUUUUAUUUAGGUUUAAGAGAUCCUGCAUUUUCUUGCUAUUGGUCAAGUGGAAGGGGAGUUUACCCUAAAAACUUGACACAUCCGUUUACAUUUUUAUACAGUUUUUAAUACUAUAUACACAUUUCCUGUAUUUUCUGGAUGUAUUUUAUUAAAGAGAUUGAGAAACAAUUAUAUAUGAUCACUAUAACAUUGCAAAAACAACAAAUCUAAUUCUGGCAUGAUGGCCUAAGACUUUUGCACAGUACUGUAGUUAUUCUGCUAGUUUGGUUCUGGUCUAGUUUACAAACCAGCAUAGCCGUGUAAAUCUGAGCUGAUGAAUCUGGCUUUACCUGCAUGGUCUUUUAGAUAAAGCUGUUUAAGCUAGUUAAGUUGACUGGUGCAUCCCAUGGUGGGGACCAAUAUCCAAAACACAGCAACUCCUAUCCAUCCUUUAACUGUUGUUAUUUUUUUUGUAACUGGUGCAGUUGUGGUGUUUUAAUGUUGGUUUGUUAUGACUACAAACACACAAUAGAUUAAAACCUAGACUACCUUCCUAUUUAUUAGCAAUGUAAUAUAAUCUAUUCAUAAUCUUACCUAAAUGUUAUCUCAAGAAUUAGCAUCAAUGUGGCGUCUGUGGAAAUAGGCCAAAGGGAACUGCACGAUAAAUUGAAAUGGUAAAAUUGCUAUGCUAUUUGCUAUGGCACAUUUUGUGUAACAUUUUCUUGUUUGUUAAAUGUCUGUUUAUUUAAUAGCAAUGUUGCUUAAUUUUAGCUUUUAUUUGUCCAGUGAUCUAUUGUUGUUACAAGCACAUGUUAAAAGCAAUGUAUGUCUUAACUUCAUUGUGAAAGAGUAAAUCUGUAAUAAGACUAAGAUAAUAAAUACAUUAUUAAAAUUA